UAUUUUUCUAUUCCUUUUCCCCCUUCUUUUUGGAGAGGAGGAGCGCGCGCUUUUCACGCCCAGCCGUUCACUACUACAGCCGACUUGCAGCGCGCGCCGUCACGGGGUUUUCUUUCUUUUCUUUUUUUAUUUUGCGCUUUUCCCCCCUUCUUAAACUUUUGGUGUUGGACCCUGAAGUCUCUCGGACGCAGUCUUCUUUAUCGUCUGGGACUUUUCUACUCCGGUUAGUCUCAUCCUCCUGCUCCAGUGUCAGCCAUGUUGGUGAUUUUGGCUUUCAUCAUCCUCUUCCACAUUAUUUCGGCAAUACUGCUUUUCAUAUCAACUAUCCACAAUGCUUGGUGGUUUACAACAAACGGGGACUUCUACACAGAUCUUUGGUACAUAUGCAACGUCACUUGUAAAGAGAUUCCAAAAAGUGCAUCCAGUGAAGCAGGUUAUCUUCAGACCGUGCAGGCUGCCAUGAUUCUAGCCACGAUCCUGUGCUGUGUGGACUUCUUCGUCUUCGUCCUUCAGCUUUUCCGUUUGAAGCAGGGCGAGAGAUUUGUCUUCACGGCCAUCGUUCAGCUCUUGUCUUCACUGUGUGUGAUGAUCGCUGCAUCCAUCUACACGGCCGAGCGGACAAGUUUCCAGAGCGCGAGUGUAAAUGACGGGAACUAUGGCUACUCCUUCGUGCUUGCCUGGGUGGCCUUCCCGAUGACGUUCAUCAGCGGCCUCAUGUAUUUAGUGCUGCGCAAGCGCAAGUAGACGCCUUACAACAGCCCACCUCAUCCGGCUGCGACCUUCGCCAACAGAAUUUAUUGUGUAAAUAUGUUUUUUUGUUUUUUAAAUGUGGACAUCCAAAACAUUGUCAAAACAUAUCAUUAAAAAAGAAUAACGUUAAAGCAUAAAAUACUGGAAACUAAUUAGUUUUUCUUUUCUGUGCUACAGUAUGGAGUUUUAACCCUUUUUUUUUUGUUGUAAAUUGGUUUUUAAUUUUGGAAAUUUGAGCAAAAUUUAGAUACGAUUUAAUAAGAUAUAAAUUAGAAAUGGCAAAACCACUAUAAGAAUUUUUUUCAGAAACUACACAUUGUGAAUUAGGCUUAAUAAAUACUUGACCAUUUCUAACAUGUCAGAUAAAACUCGUGCUGGCAGUUUGUCGAGGACCACAUCAUACUUGAAGCUGAACAAAGCAAGGCUGGAUGUGUACAUGACGCCUUUUUUGUGAAAGUUCGUAUUCUUUUUUUUUUUGUUUUCUUUUGUAAACUAAGGUUGUAGUUAUACUGCAUGUUUUAUUUUACUUGCAUUUAGCUUACCAUUGAUAUCAAUUGUAGCACGGAUUAUAGUUCAUUAGGCAGUGUAAUAAGCUUAUAGUGAAAGAUUUGGGUUUGAGGAUAAAAUGGUUUUUUUAAUUAUUAUUCUUGUGUGUUUGACAGAAAUGGUUCAAAUAAUGUAGAAGUUUAUUUAUGUUUUUUUUGUAAUGAAGUAUUAUUUCAUCAAGCUUGAACCCAUUUUACUGAAGGCUUUUUAUUUCUAAUGGAGUGAAAUCAUAAUGGCAGCUUUCUUUCCUUUCCUUUUUUAAUCUGUUUUGCUUGUUCUUCAUGCUAUGAUCUAUCCAGUUGCCUGUAUUUCCAGUGACUGAUCCCCACCAAGGGCUCAUUUUCUGCAUUUUUUAAGUUUAAUUAAAUGUAUUUUACUUUA